GAGUGUUAAAUAUGUAUAAUUAUAUAAUGAAAGAAUGUUUACGAAAAGGUUAUCCAGCAGGUGGAUCAACUAUUGGGCCAAGUCCUGUUCUUUCGAAUAUGAUAAAAAGCAAUCUAACGUUUGGAACGCAAUUAGAUGAAUUAGUGCAGGCUGGUUUAUCUGGCGAAGAAUAA